UUGUUCAGUUAGAGCGCGUUUACCGAUUGUGAAGGUUUUGUGAGCGGAAAAUUUAGAUAUUAUUGUGCUGGGUGCGUUUUUUUUUUCUUUUCAUUGUGCGGAAAUAAUCGUCAAUGUGAAUAAAAAAGAAAAGGUGAUUCUUUGCACUAAAAAAUUAACAGAAAAAAUUAAGUAGUUUGCCCAUUGAACAGUUCUCGACGAGAGCUCCAGCUGAACGGUCGGUUUUGGAAAACUACCAAUCGAGAGUCGACAAUUGGUUAAACGCGCUUUAAGCUGCUGCUAUGCAUUAGGGUAAAACACUGUAUUUUAAUAAAAUACAAAAAGACUAUAAACAAAAAAAGUGUAUAAAAUACAUAAUAAAGUGUAUGUAUGUAUGUAUGUACAAAAAUGUGUUGAUACAAAUUAAAUGCAUUUUUGCGAGGUGACACAAAUAUUUGGAUAAUUCGUGAAAAAGUGCAAAAUAAGCGAAAAGUACAAAAGUUGUUGCAUUUAAAAAAAAAAACAGAACAAACAAAACAGCUUACAAAAAAAAAUAAAAUCAGUGCAGAAAAAUGACUGAACGAUAUGCUAAUGGUGUUACCAACAGUCUGGUGAAUAGUUCGCCACCUGUUGCAAGCAAUGGUGCAGCUGCCGCCUCCGUCGCCAAUGGCCAUGGCAGCGGUAAUGCUGCAGUCGCCGCUGACUACUCGGACGACGGUGAUAAAAUCGUAUUAGAACGUAAAUUGACGCUAAUGAAUGGAGUUGCUAUAAUUGUGGGUACAAUUAUUGGCUCGGGAAUUUUUAUAGCGCCAACAGGUGUCUUCAUAUAUACAGAAUCCGUGGGUUCGUCUUUGGUUAUUUGGGCUGCCUGCGGCAUACUCUCGACGAUCGGUGCGCUUUGCUAUGCUGAAUUGGGUACGAGCAUCACGCGUUCGGGCGGCGAUUAUGCAUAUCUGUUGGUGGCAUUUGGACCGCUAGUCGGUUUUCUAAGACUAUGGAUAGCUUUGUUAAUCAUUAGACCAACAACACAGACAAUCGUCGCUUUGACUUUCGCACAAUAUGCGGCAAAACCAUUCUUCGAGGACUGUUCCCCACCAGAUUCAGCCGUAAAAAUUUUAGCGGCAGUUUGUUUGUGUUUGCUCACUGCCAUUAAUUGUUUAUCUGUCAAAUGGUCGAUGAAAGUUCAGGAUAUCUUCACUGCUGGCAAACUCUUGGCGCUAAUUAUGAUUAUUUUGGCGGGCCUAUACUAUUUGAUGUUGGGUCGCUUUGAGAAUUUCGAAAAUGCUUGGGAGGGUAAUUAUGAUGCGGCUAAUAUCGGAUUUGCUUUCUACUCGGGUCUUUUUGCAUUUGGCGGCUGGAAUUAUUUGAACUUUGUGACCGAGGAGCUGCAGGAUCCAUACAAAAAUCUUCCACGUGCCAUUUGGAUCGCCAUGCCGUUGGUCACCGGCAUUUAUGUACUUGUGAAUUUGGCCUACUUUGUGGUGGUGUCGAAAACCGAAAUGCUCAGUUCACUAGCAGUCGCAGUCACAUUCGGUAAUCGCGUUUUCGGACCACUCGCCUUCAUGGUGCCCAUAUUUGUAGCGCUAAGCACUUUUGGCGGCGUCAAUGGUGUACUAUUCACUUCGGCGCGUCUAUUUGCGACCGGUGCACAAGAAGGGCAUUUACCAAAAUUCUUCACGCUAUUCCACAUUAAACAGCAAACGCCCAUACCAUCGCUGAUAUUUUCGUGCAUCACAUCACUGCUGACAUUACUCACUGCCGAUGUUUACAUUCUGAUCAACUACUUUAGCGCCAUGUUGUGGCUAUCAGUGGUGGCCAGCAUUGCUGGCAUGCUUUGGUUGCGACACUCCAAGCCCAACAUUCCGCGGCCCAUCAAAGUGCACCUGGCACUGCCUCUAAUUUUCAUAAUAUGCUGUCUGACUCUGGUGCUUUUGCCCAGCUUUACAAAUCCCAUGAAUCUCAUUGUCGGUAUCGGCAUAACGGUAGCUGGCAUACCCUUCUAUUACUUGUGUAUAGCGCGAAGAAACAAACCAGCUUGCUAUGGUAAACUCUCACGUGGUAUGGUGAAUUUCUGUAGGGCCAUGUUCAAUACAGAGAUCAUUGAGAGUAGUGAAAAAGUUGAUAAGUGAAAGGCUCGAAAGCAAAAUGUAAUCGUAGUUAAUGAGACCUAGCGACAAAACCGAUAUUUUAAAAGGCAAUGUAUUAAACUUAAGCGCAGAAUUUCAGAAGAAUAGUAUUGUAUUUAUAUCAUACGAAUAUUUUUUUUUAAUUUUUAAGUUUACUUCAUGCACUAAAUACUUACUUACAUAACUCAUUAAUACUUAACACAAACAUAUUUUGAAUAGAUAAAUGUACAGUAAUGGGCAAAAAUGGUCGAAUGAUGUUUACAUUUAAAUAUUUAUUCAAAAUGUUUUUUAAAAAUUUAUUUUAUUUUUUAU